AAGUCGCCGCAGAAGGAGAGGGUGCAAGGGUGCGGCAGUCGCCCCCGACGUUGGAGGGAGAGACGGGGAGUCUCCGCACACACCCACCACACAACAAUGGGGCGGUGCUUGCAGUUCGGGCGUCUUCGAGUCGGUCGCCUCAGGGCAUGCGCGACGAAGACGAAGACGUCGUCUGCGAAUAUUGAUGCCACCAUCAUUCGUCACACAAAACACCAAGACCACCAGGAUUCAAAGGUGACCACAAAGACCAGCUUCCCACCACCACCACCUUUACAAUGCUCUCCACAUUGUUUCUGUUGCUCUAUGCCACCCGGGAAACGGUCAAUGCAAUGACUGCCGAGAUCAGCCCAACUGUUUCUUAUUUAUUAGAUCGAGGUUGUGCAAAUGAUACGGAAAUUAUUGAUCAUCUUCUUAUCGACCGUGCUCUAUACUACAAUAAACAUAAGCUACCAUCUCCACAAGUAGACGUGAGGAUUGAGAUGUGGGUACAAGAAGUGACAUCAGUUUCCGAGCUAACGCAAGAUUUUGAAAUAGAUUUAUACAUGAACGAAUAUUGGACAGACCCCGGGUUAGCCUACGACAUUCUCAAUCCUUGUCAGGGCAAUCUAUCAUUUGAUUGGGCUGUCAUGCAGAAUAUCUGGACUCCAAACACAUGCUUCAUCAAUUCCAAAAAGGCACAACUUCACAGCUCGCCAUUUACUAAUGUUUUCUUAAUGGUCUUUCCAAAUGGCUCAGUGUGGUCAAAUUGGAGGAUAAAGAGUACGGGCCCUUGUGUGAUGGAUCUGACAAAGUUUCCAAUGGACAGUAUCGAAUGUACACUGACUUUUGAAUCAUUCAACUACAACAAGGACGAAGUUUUCAUGCGAUGGGGCGAUCCUCCAUUAACGAUCUUCAAACCCAUCGAACUACCUGAUUUCACAAUGACAAACUUUAGUACUUCAAAUAAAUUUCAGCUUUAUGCUGCCGGCUACUGGAGUGAACUCAAUGUGAACUUUCUCUUCCGCCGAAGGUCUGGAUGGUAUCUCUUGCAAGGUUACAUUCCAACCUAUAUGACAGUGUUCAUUUCUUGGAUUCCAUUUUACUUGGGCCCAAAAGCAAUACCCGCUCGGACUAUGAUAGGUGUCAAUGCCCUACUGGCGCUUACCUUCCAGUUUGGUAAUAUAAUCCGAAACCUACCACGAGUGUCGUAUAUCAAAGCCAUCGACGUCUGGAUGUUGAGUGGCAUAUGCUUUGUUUUUGCAUCUUUGUUUGAACUUGCAACCAUCGGUUUUUUGAUGCGAAAUGAAGGCAAACCGGCGACAAAAUCAAGCCGUUCAACUAAAAAUUCUAAUCGUUGGCAACAACCAAGUGUUUGCCGAGAAGACACUCAAAGAAAGUCACAAAAUAUCGUAUUCUGUGAGCGAUUAGACAACACGUCAAGAUUAAUGUUUCCAGUAGUGUUCACAUUCUACAACUUCAUAUAUUGGUUUGUUUACAUGAAACAAGCAUGGGAUCAGGCACCAUAAUCAACAAAUGCAUAGACCAAAUUUCCAACUAAUAGUCCUUCAACCAUUCAAACAGAAAAACAUUCCAAAAUUUUCUCAACUCCCCAAAAUGAAUAUCAUUUGAGCGAAUGCAUCUAGAGCCGUUGUGAGUGGAAGUUUACGAUUGAGUGACUCUUCCGGUCAUAUCAUCAUUUAAAAACGUUUCAUGCUCAUUUUGCAGGCAGCUAUUAUGCAUCCGCUCAUUGACAAUCAUAUCUUCGCAUCUCUUCCCCCUUUUCUUUUUACCUUUUUACUCACAUAUUUUUCUCGAAAAAACUUUUUUUUUCUCUUUUAUCCUUUCCUGUCCUCUCAAUAACAACUCCUUCAUAUUCAAUUAUGUCACACGUGUAUGCUAAAUAAACAAUUGAUGAAUAA